AUGGAGGUCACCAAGGUCUGGCACACCCAGGCCCUGGACCCAGUGCCCGAGGAGGAUGAGCAGGAGUUGGACCCUUCCUCCGACGGGGACAAGCCAGAGUGCUCCAUCUGUUUCAACACCUAUGACAACGUCUUCAAGACGCCCAAGCUGCUGGACUGCACCCACACCUUCUGCCUGGAGUGUGUCACCCGGGUCAUGGCCGUGUCUGUGGAACAGGACGGGGGCCAGAUCCCCUGCCCCCUCUGCAGGCACCCCACCUCCAUCCCCGCCAGCGGUCCCCCUGCACUCCUCACAAGCAUGGAGGUUCUGGGCAGGCUCCCCACCCACCUGCAGCAGGAGGAGAGGGUGUGGAUGGAGGGGAAGAAGCUGUGUUACUCCAGCCUCGGCAGCCCUGACCCCCUCCACCCUGUCGGCUCCACCACCUGUAUCUGUAUCGACAUUGGGAGGAUCCAGGAGGAUGCUGUGUCCAGACAGACUGAGGCUGAACAAGGGAGACGCGUCUGGGGCAGACGAUGCCUCUGUAGCUUCUUCUCAGACUGGAAGCGGCUGGUGUUGUUCGUGGUGCUGCUGGUCAUGCUGGUGUGUGUCAUCAUGUGGCCGCUGCAGUGUGUCUUUAGUACAGGAUCGGUUCGUUGUUUGAAAAGCAAGGCUCCAGCCACUCUGGGGCAGACCCCUACUCCCUCUACAGCUUCCACCAUCACUCAGCUGCUACGGUGA